AUGAAGGUCCUUCUGUGCUUCCUGGUGGCGGUGACCCUCGCGGCUGCCGAGCUGAACAGAGUCCCCCUGAAGAAGGUCCAGCGGAAAUGGACGCUCGCUGACCUCCGUCGGUCCCGCGCCUUCAUCACCAACCGCUACUCGAAGGAGGAAAUCGUCGACCUCGACAACUACCAGGAUGCCCAGUACUACGGUCCCAUCUACAUCGGCACUCCCGGCCAGUACUUCAAGGUGAUCUUCGACACGGGUUCCUCCAACCUGUGGGUGCCUUCUGAACAGUGCUCCAUUCUCAACCUGGCCUGCCAACUCCACAAUAGAUACGAUUCAACCCUUUCCUCGACAUACAAAGCCAAUGGUACUGACUUCGACAUCCAAUAUGGAUCCGGCGCUCUGUCUGGCUUCCUCUCCAGUGACAGCGUGACACUCGGCAGCGUCGCAGUGACAGACCAGACCUUCGCCGAGGCCACUCAGGAGCCCGGCCUGGCCUUCGUCGCCGGGGCAUUCGACGGCAUCAUGGGCAUGGGCUUCACCGAGAUCUCCGUCAUGGGCAUCCCGACGGUGUUCGACACGAUGCUCGAGCAGGGUGUCGUGGACCAGCCUGUGUUCUCCUUCUACCUGAACCACGACAUGAACGGCGAGCUGGGCGGCGAGCUCGUCCUCGGCGGCUCGGACCCCAACCACUACGAGGGCGAGUUCCACUACGUCCCCGUCUCCAGGGUCGGCUACUGGCAGCUCACGGCCGAUGGAAUCAAGGUCGGCGGCGUGCAAAAGGACUUCUGCAACCCCUGUGAGACCAUCGUGGACACUGGCACCUCCCUCAUCGCCGGACCCAAGGAGGAAGUUAAGGAUAUCAUGUCCGACCUCGGCGCCUUCCCCAUCAUCGCCGGCGAGUACCUCAUCAACUGUGCCAAGGUGCCUGACAUGCCACUUGUCACCUUCACGCUCAACGGCAUGGACUUCGACCUGACAGGACCCGAGCUCGUCAUUGAGAACGUGGACGAGACUGGGACCCACGUGUGCAUCGUGGGUAUCCUGGGACUCAACCUCGGCACCAUUGAAGCCUGGAUCCUCGGCGACCCCUUCAUCGCCCGCUACUACACCGAGUUCGACGUCGGCAACGAGCGCAUGGGAUUCGCCAAGUCCGUUUAAAAGGCUUUGGGCCAAAACAGCUCUUCAACAUGUACGGUAAAUGUUUCCCGCUCAAUAAAGAAUGUUGUUAUUAUG